GCCGCCCAAUUCGUAUUCGGCUGGGGGCUUUCUGCUUUGGGAACGUUCGUCUUGCAUCAGUGUUCUCGGGGUUUUGACAGCGUAUAGUGUGUUUGGAACGCUAAGUGUUAUUCUUCAUAUCUUAUUUCCUCCCUUUAAGUAAAACAAACAAAACACAUACACCAUGGACGCCAUCAAGAAGAAGAUGCAAGCGAUGAAGCUUGAGAAGGAUAACGCCGUUGAUAAGGCCGAUACCUGUGAAGUUCAAGCUAAGGAUGCCAAUUCCCGCGCCGACAAAUUGCAAGAGGAAUUGCGCGAUUUGGAAAAGAAAUUGGUACAAGUUGAGGUUGACUUGGUCACAUCCAAGGAACAGUUGGAGAAGGCCAACCGCGAAUUGGAGGAGAAAGAGAAACAAUUGACCACCACUGAAUCUGAGGUAGCCACCUUGAAUCGUAAGGUACAACAGAUUGAGGAAGAUUUGGAAAAAUCCGAAGAACGCUCAACCAGUGCUCAACAAAAAUUGUUGGAAGCCACACAAGCCGCUGAUGAGAACAACCGUAUGUGCAAAGUAUUGGAGAACCGUUCACAGCAGGAUGAGGAACGUAUGGAUCAAUUGACCAACCAAUUGAAGGAAGCCCGUAUGUUGGCUGAAGAUGCUGAUACCAAAUCCGAUGAAGUAUCACGCAAGCUGGCCUUCGUUGAAGAUGAGUUGGAAGUGGCUGAAGAUCGUGUCAGGUCCGGUGAAGCCAAGAUCAUGGAACUUGAGGAAGAAUUGAAGGUCGUCGGUAACUCGUUGAAAUCCUUGGAAGUGUCCGAGGAGAAGGCCAACCAACGUGUUGAGGAGUUCAAGCGCGAAAUGAAGACUCUGUCCGUGAAAUUGAAGGAAGCCGAACAGCGCGCCGAACAUGCUGAGAAGCAAGUGAAGCGUCUGCAAAAGGAGGUCGACAGGCUAGAAGACCGUCUCUUCCAUGAGAAAGAAAAAUACAAAGCAAUCUGCGAUGAUUUGGAUUCAACAUUUGCCGAACUUACUGGAUAUUAAAUAUCAAAUACCACCUAUGCAUACAUAUAUAUCUUUUUCGAUUAUCAUUUAAUCACGACAAAAAACGACUACAUUCAGAUAUACAUAUGUACACGAAAAAAUUGAAUCGAAUAGUAGUUUUGAAAAAUGUUUUGCCAAACCAAUGAAAAACCAAAAACAUAAAUCGCAAUUUCCACAACUUAAACACAUACAUACAUACAUAUGUACAGAAAAUUCAAUUUGAUUGCCUCAACGGCCAAUUUACUGUGCACACACACACGCACACAUGGUCACUUCACACACACUUAUACACUGGGAAAAAAUUUUCCCACACUCCUCAAAUGAUCACUGAAACUCUAAAUAACACCAUUUCGCUACUUGAGUUCCUUAAUCAAUUACCAAACUGCCCAAACUGCCACCCACAGUCACCACAACCACACUGUAAAUAUUCGUCCCACUCGUCAUUUAUUUAUUUAUUAUUUUUUUUGUAUCUGGUAAUGAUGUUACGUUCGUCAGCUGCGCUUUUAAUAUCCGCUAACCAACUACUGCUGACUACAUUUUACUUACUGUGUAUAUAACAACAACAACAACAACAACAAUAAAAAUAAAUGCGAAAGUGUGAAAAAGCAAAUACAAUGUGACGUGACCUAGAAAACUCAAUUCUGUAAAAA